AUGCCACACGAGGAGACCUCCGCGGCGGUCGCCAGCAUACUCAGCAACUUCGCCAAACAGUAUGCUGCUCCACUGGACCCGGAGUCGUUUCCCGCGUCGGCCAUUGCCAAUGGCGUUGAAAGCAACAAGAUCACACUGCCCGGGGACGAUACAAUAGAGAAGCGGACACUGGAGCGCGAACUGACCGCGCUAAACCUGCGCAUACAGUUUCUCGAAGCUCGCGCGACAGGUGGUGCAAGCUCUCUGCCCAUCACACCGAAUGAGCCCAUAUCCUCGGCCUUUCCCCCGGACAGUCCAACUUCUACCAGAUCGGCAGGUGCGGCCAACCCUCGUCAACGAUCAGCAUCAUGGGUUAACAGCAUUCUCGCAAAAGGCGAAGGCGAGCCGCCGCACUCACGCCAGCUUACAGAAGAGCAGUUCAACUUCCUCCGGGAGCACAUCGAGCAGCAGGCGCAAGAAAUUAAGAGUCAGAAGGACUUCAUCGAUGGCAUCAAGUCGCAGCUCACCCACCAGCAGAGCGCUACCAAGGCUGCUCUUGACACACUGGGUAACUCGCAGUCGAUUGAGCAGUUGAAGCGCGAGAUUGAGAAGAAUGCUCAGAUCAAUGCUACGUACCAAAAGGUGUUACGAGAAAUCGGCACAAUCAUUACUGCUGUAGCGAAUGGAGACCUCAGCAAGAAGGUGCUCAUUCAUGCAACAGAGAAAGAUCCCGAGAUUGCCCGCUUCAAGCACACGAUCAAUCGCAUGGUGGACCAACUGCAGGAGUUCGCUAGUCAGGUUACUCACUUGGCCAGGGAAGUCGGCACAGAAGGACGCCUGGGUGGUCAAGCUAUCGUGCCUGGAGUGGACGGUAUCUGGGCGGAGCUGACACAGAAUGUCAACGUCAUGGCGCAGAACCUUACAGACCAAGUACGAGAGAUUGCAGUUGUGACUACCGCAGUCGCGCAAGGUGAUCUUAGCCGCAAGAUCCAGCGUCCAGCAAGAGGUGAGAUUCUUCAGCUACAACAAACGAUAAACGCCAUGGUGGGUCAACUGCGAACCUUUGCAACCGAAGUCACGAGGGUGUCCCGCGAUGUCGGUACGGAGGGUGUCCUCGGCGGACAAGCGCAGAUCGAAGGUGUACAGGGCAUGUGGAACGAUCUCACCGUCAACGUCAAUGCCAUGGCGAACAACUUAACAGCACAGGUGAGGGACAUUGCGGAAGUUACGACAGCAGUCGCGCAAGGUGAUCUUACGCGACAAGUCAAAGCACCCUGCAAGGGUGAGAUUCUGGCAUUGAAGACAACAAUCAACUCCAUGGUGGGUCGACUUCGACAAUUCUCCCAAGAAGUCACAACAAUCGCACGCGAAGUCGGAACAGAGGGACGACUCGGCGGGCAGGCCACCGUGCACGGCGUUGAGGGAACAUGGAAAGAUUUGACCGAGAAUGUAAACGGCAUGGCCAUGAACCUCACCACACAAGUGCGUGAGAUUGCCGAAGUCACGACAGCCGUGGCCCAGGGAGAUCUCAGCAAGAAGGUCGAAGUCGAGGUCAAGGGAGAGAUCCUGGCCUUGAAGAACACCAUCAAUACCAUGGUUGACCGGCUUGGCAAAUUCGCUUUCGAGGUUAGCAGAGUCUCGCGAGAAGUCGGAACCGAAGGUGUGCUAGGUGGACAAGCAGAAGUUGAGAAUGUCGAAGGCAAAUGGAAGGACCUCACAGACAAUGUGAACACCAUGGCCAACAACCUGACCAGUCAAGUGCGUAGCAUUUCCGAUGUCACGCAAGCCAUUGCACGCGGAGACAUGAGCCAGCGUAUCAAGGUCCAUGCACAAGGCGAAAUCCAAACACUCAAGGACACCAUCAACGACAUGGUUACAAGAUUGGACGCCUGGUCACUUGCUGUGAAACGUGUGGCACGAGAUGUGGGCGUUGAUGGUAAGAUGGGUGGCCAGGCCGAAGUCGAAGGCAUCACCGGACGCUGGAAAGAGAUCACGACCGAUGUCAACAUCAUGGCGCAGAACUUGACUUCGCAAGUGCGCGCUUUCGCAGAUAUCACGCAUGCUGCCAUGAAGGGCGAUUUCACAAAGAUGAUCAACGUGGAAGCCUCCGGAGAAAUGAACGAGCUCAAGAACAAGAUCAACCGCAUGGUACUGAACUUGCGAGAAAGUAUCCAGAAGAACAAUCAAGCAAGAGAGGCUGCCGAGCUGGCCAACAAGACCAAGUCCGAAUUCUUGGCGAACAUGUCCCACGAGAUUCGCACGCCGAUGAACGGUAUCAUUGGCAUGACGCAGUUAACAUUGGACACGGAACUGGAGCAAAAUCAACGGGACAUGCUGAAUAUUGUCUUCUCGUUGGCAAACAGCUUACUCACCAUCAUCGAUGACAUUCUAGACAUCUCCAAGAUCGAGGCCAACCGUAUGAUCUUGGAAGAGGAGCCAUUCUCACUUCGCGGACUGGUGUUUAACAGUCUCAAGUCCUUAGCAGUACGAGCGAACGAGAAGGACAUAAGCUUGAUCUACGACACCGGCAACUCUGUUCCGGACUAUAUCGUGGGCGAUUCCUUCCGACUGCGGCAAAUCAUCCUCAACUUGGCUGGAAAUGCAAUCAAGUUCACUGAGCACGGAGAAGUCCGCGUCAGGAUCGACUCGGAUCACACAAUGCCAUGCAAUGAAGGAGAGGUCGUGGUUAAGUUCGCAGUCUCUGACACUGGUAUCGGUAUCCAUUCGAACAAGUUGGACCUCAUCUUCGACACCUUCCAGCAAGCAGAUGGCUCCACCACUCGCAAGUUUGGUGGCACAGGUCUCGGUCUGUCCAUUUCGCGAAGACUUGUCACUCUCAUGCGCGGCAAAAUGUGGGUGGAGUCAACAUAUGGUGCAGGAAGUACAUUCUUCUUCACCUGUGUAGUCCGACUAGGACCCAACGACCCUCAACGAGUGGCGCCACAACUCCAGCAAUACCGCAAACACAAGGUCCUGUUCGUGGACAACGGCUUCACGGAGUGCGCAGACGACAUCGCGGAUAACAUCAAAGCACUGGACCUGGUCCCUUGCGUGGUUGGCAACGGGAGGACGCCUCCAGCCGAGCUCAACCCUGAUGACCAGUAUGACUGCGUGAUAGUCGACAAUGGUGACACAGCACAGAAGCUCCGCAGCCUGGAGCGCUUCAAGUAUAUCCCCAUUGUCAUGCUGGCUCCCGCCAUUUCAGUCAACUUCAAGACUGCGUUGGAGAACGGCAUUUCCAGCUACAUGACGGUACCAUGCUUACCCGUGGAUCUUGGUAACGCGCUCAUACCUGCAUUGGAGGGCCGAGCUGCACCAAUCUCUGCUGACCACACCCGAACUUUUGACAUCUUGCUGGCAGAAGACAAUGCUGUCAACCAGAAACUGGCUGUGAAGAUACUGACGAAACACAACCACAAGGUCACCGUUGCCAAUAACGGACUGGAAGCGUUCGAGGCCAUCAAGACGCGACGGUUCGACGUCGUGCUCAUGGACGUGCAAAUGCCAGUCAUGGGUGGAUUCGAAGCCACGGCCAAGAUUCGCGAAUACGAGAAGAUGCACGAACUGGCCAGGUCCCCGAUAGUGGCACUCACAGCGCACGCCAUGUUGGGAGAUCGAGAGAAGUGCAUCCAAGCUCAGAUGGAUGAAUACCUCUCCAAGCCCCUCAAACCAAACCAGCUCAUUCAGACAAUCCUGAAAUGUGCUACGCUAGGCGGUGCGUUACUCGAACGACAAAAAGACGGACGUAGUCUGCUCAUGGAUGAGGAAAAGAGUUCUGAUAGUAGCCCAGAUCACAACAGAUUGAUGACACCCAAACGACCUGGUGUGGGACCACGAGGGGCCACGGAAAGUGGACCAUCUGGCCUGGAAAGUCCUGCGAUCGUUACUGCCGAUCAAGAGGAUCCGCUGUCAAGAGAGGUCUUGCUGCGGUCGCAUAGCAGCUGA